GCAUCAGCUGUUGCUACGUUCCGCCAUCCUGCAACUCACCAUUGAGUCCCGUUGCCAGCUACGAAGGCUACCCUGUCUCCCCUUAUAUGAGCUCUACAUUGUGUGAGGACAUCUACUCCUACUUCGCCUCCACAUACGGCACCAAUACCACAGCCACCAGGAGAGUGAAGAAAAGACCACUCCACAACAGGGCUCUCAAGGAGGUUGAGAGACAGAAGGAUGCCAAGAGGGAG